AUGACUCACACCAACGGAGCAAACGGAGCCUCCAACGGAGCCCCUCUGAAAGGCGACCGCCGCAUUGGCAUCAUCAUGAACGGUGUCACCGGUCGCAUGGGCACCAACCAGCACCUUAUCCGCUCGAUCGUCGCCAUUCGCAACGAGGGAGGUAUUCGCCUCCCCUCUGGAGACCGCCUCGUGCCCGACCCCAUUCUCGUCGGCCGCAACGAAGCCAAGGUUGCCGAGCUCGCCAAGGCCCACGGGAUUGAGCGCUACACCACCGACCUCGAAGCCGCUUUGGCCAACCCCGACGACACGGUCUACUUUGAUGCUCAGACGACAGGGCGCCGCACCGACGCCGUCAAGCAGGCGAUCAAGGCUGGCAAGCACAUUUACUGCGAAAAGCCCACUGCUACGAGCACCGAGGACGCGCACGAGCUGUACCGGCUGGCGACCGAGGCAGGACUCAAGAACGGCGUGGUGCAGGACAAGCUCUGGUUGCCUGGCCUGCGCAAACUCAAGACACUCAUUGAUUCGGGCUUUUUCGGCGAGAUUCUCAGCGUCAAGGGAGACUUUGGCUACUGGGUCUUCACCGGAGAGACACCUGUGUCCCCGCAGCGCCCCAGCUGGAACUAUCGCAAGGAGGACGACGGCGGUAUCAUUGUCGACAUGCUGUGCCACUGGCGCUAUGUCAUUCACAACCUCUUUGGCUCUAUCAAAUCCUUGAGCUGUCUUGGGGCAACCCACAUCAAGCAGCGCGUGGACGAGGCGGGCAACACGUACAAGUGCACGGCCGACGACGCAGCGUAUGCCACCUUUGAGCUUGACUCUGGUGUCAUUGUUCACUUCAACUCGAGCUGGACGACGCGUGUCCGUCGCGACGACCUCUUGACCAUCCAGGUCGAUGGCACCAAGGGAAGUGCGGUGGCGACGUUGCGCGACUGUGUCGUUCAGCACGAGUCGGCCACCCCCCGGCCUACUUGGAACCCGGACGUUGACAGCGACAUUGAUCACUUGGCCGCCUGGUCCCGCGUGCCCGACUAUGAGGUGUUUGACAAUGCCUUCAAGGUUCAGUGGGAGCUCUUCUUGCGUCACAUCGUGCUCAACGAGCCUUGGCAGUACACCCUGCUUGAGGGUGCCAAGGGUGUGCAGAUCACCGAGCUCGGUCUUGAAAGUUGGGCCAAGCGUGCCUGGGUCGAUGUUCCAGAGCUGGCAUGA